ACAUAUUGAAAUUAAAGCGCAUUUGAGUUUGUUACUGAAAUAUGGGAGUAAAAUUGAAAUAGUUGCCAAGCUGUAUUUAUUUCUGAUUUCGGAUAAAAUUUGAUCAAAUUUCAAUCAAAUCCUCCAAUUUAUUUUUCUAACGAUUAUGACUGCCGUAUUGUAAUAUUUUUGUUCUUCAAAACCAGUAUGACUUAUCGAGAAAAGUUUAUACCAAUGUUGUUGCCGAACAUAUUUUUGUAUGUAUGUUUUCUUUCGCUAUUAGUUUUGGCUUCAUCCAAUAAUGCUGGGUCAACAACAAUAGACCUAAUCCACAAAGUGUACUAUGAUGCUUCAUUCGUCGAGGCAAUCGUAACAACAUCCCUCCAAUGCUGUACGCUCAAUGUAACUCUGGACACUUACAACGCAUUGACACCCCCAGUUGCAACCGCAGCCAGUGAUGCUCUUCUGGAAGACGAGAUGCCGUUUAUAUGGAUAGCCCACAACUACGUGGAGGCUGACUUCCUCCAGAUAGACCUCCGGACAGUGUUCCAGAUCUCGAGUGUGCACAAAAGAAGUGUACAGGAUUUUCCGACGAUGGAAGAUGUGGCUUGCGAAUUCAGUAUUCUGGGAGAAAUAUGGGACAUUGUGGAGAAUUGUGGCAACAACUACAACACAGACGGCAACACUCAAGCCCGCUAUGUCCGCUUCUUUCCCUCUGCACCCAACAACUCUACGAUCAAGGUUUCCUUCCUUGUCUUUGGAACUGAAGUGGUCACACCUGCAGCUAAUUCUGACCUCAUCACUGGCCUGUUCCACUCGGCGGCUUGUCAUGGAUACCAAGCCAGGAUAGACGUGGAGUUUCUUCACAGUACUUUCUUACAGAACUGUGAACAAGCAGACGUCACAGUGUAUCUGGACGGAAAUGAAACGAAAGGAGCCGAGUUCAUGCAGCAGUAUGAUCACGCAGCAUACAUAAUCAAAACACCCGUGAACGAAUUCUCAAAGUGUGUGAUCAGUCUAGUUUUGGAAGGGUUCCAGUCGCACUUCAACGGGGAGUUCAAACUGGGGGUACAAGCAUCAACUGAUGUAGGAGUAGGGACGCCAAUCACAUACGAAAUGGAUGAAGCAAUCGAUUUUACUGUAGAGGACGAUGGGAAUGAUGAUGAGUCAUACUUCUACAUUACGACCAGUGGAGGCAACUACUUCAUAUCAGCAGCCAACUACACGUAUGACUCAACAGGAGCUGUCAAAAUAGGUAACGUGGAAACGAUUAAGGCGGCGUGUAUUGAGAAUGCGAAUGCGGAUGUGUUGACGGCGGACAGAUUCCAGAGAGUCCAAGCCGGCUCUCUAAACAACUUCAUCCAGGCUGUCAUAUACCACAAUCUGCAAAAAAGUUACUGGGACGAAAGCGCAAAAGACAGAGAGAACACGUUUAUGUUGCUUGAGAACGAAGAAGUCAAAAAGUGUAUGGAGGUGGAUCCGGAUGCAAUCGAGUCCAGGGAGUGCCGAGUUACAAACACGGAUGGGGAAUCAAUGGACAAAGUGAGGAGUAUCCUGUGCAUGCACACAGAGGGAGAGAUAUCCAACAUCAAUAUCUCUUCCUCGGGCUGCUCGGUUGUUCCGAGUAGUGGGGGUGGAGAUGACUCAUGUGCGGAGUUGAGUUUCACCAUAUCUGUCACCAUCAUGGGAUCAAGAGUUGUCAGAAAUAUCACUUGCAUGGCGAAAGACUUCGAAAACAACGAAGUGGGAGAUGUGACAACUCUUCAAGUCCAGGCCGCCCCCGUACAAUACACGGUGCGAAUAUGUCCUUGGGAUCAGUCCCUGGUCAACAAAGUGUUCUGUGAGGCUCCUGCUCUUGUAAUCGAUGAAUCUGCCAACCCGAAAGUCGUCACAGCCGAACUCAGCUUAGAACGAACUCUUCCAGACCGCGAUCUGUAUGUCCAAAUCACGCCUUUAAACCCCGAUUUUUCUGAUCCUGUUUUUGGAUACUACAUUUCAGAAAGUGAUUACGAGCUUUCACAGACCUUCUCUGUAUCUGUACAGGCAACUGGGUACCCGCUUGGAAACUUCAAGUACGCGUUUGCCAAGAAAUUUCACGUGUCCGGAACCCGCAUGGAUGAUAACUUACAGACUGAAAAGAGCUUCUAUUGUAAAACUGGGGGAAUCCACGGGGUGGAAAUUGUAGCGACUGGGACUUUGACAUUCUCCCCGAUAACUCCUGCAGAUUCUGGAACGUAUACCUUCUCUAUUGAUUCAAUCUCUGAAGAAGUGCUCUCGUAUGUCGAUCUUGAACUUAUUCAUCCUUACAGUAUCACAUGCGACGAAUCUUGCAGAAAGACUACCCGAAUUGGUGAUAUUUUUGAUAUAAGUUGUUGGGUGAGCCACCACUUUAUUGUCAGCAGAGACAUUUUUGCCGACAUAAACGAAGUUCCUCUGAGCAUAUUUGUGAACAAAACCGAGUUGCCGUCUGACAUUGAGGGGUUGACAAGUUUGAACCCCUGUGAGUACAAUAUAGACGUCGAGAAACCUUUAACUGAUAAUAACCCUGCGGCAGUGUUUUGGUACGAAAAUCUUCGCAGCGUCGAAAUUCAUUUCCAGUUGUUUAGUUUGCAAUACUGGAACCACGGGCAGUAUGAAAUAUCAGUUGAAGUUGCAAACUCUUCUAACUGUUUCUAUCAAAAACGAGGUUCGGUCUGUGACCCAGAAAGCAUCCAAAAUUUGGACCCGUGCGUAAAUUUGUUUACAAAUAGUUCCAGUUCGCUUCUUUUUAUGGUGACACCUGAGCAAGAGUUCGGGACUCCGUCGGCGGGUGACAUGUCGUGCAACCCGAACAAUCCGAGGGCUCUCUACUUUGCCGCCUACGGAAAAACAAUUACAAGUCGCAGGUUCUACUACAAGGUGUGCAACUUCUCAGAUUUUACAGUUCCGGGCCACGAUAUCUGCGCCAUGGAUGGAGGCACCACCGUUGACAUGUCCAAAGAUCUGCUGGGCAUGUGGAUGGACUACGUCAUCACGAACCCAACUGAGGAUGCUAUCUUCGACCCCAAAGAAGGUGACGUCAGUCAAAAGUUCGAGAUGAUCGAGAUGUGGAAAGCUCUCACAUGCAACUACUACUUCCAAGAUCCACAGAGUGUUUCGCUUAAGGAGCUAGAAUUGUUCUUGUUCUCUGGAAAACAGCCGGCUCUGGUAUCGUUUGAUGGAUACGAAUUGGGAUGGAAGGAUACUCCCAAUUUGAUAGACCCGCCACGUACUGGCAUGUUCUGUCGCUAUGGUCGUGGCAUGGUGUGGGAUCUCAAGUCAGCUGCUGGCUCCUGUCGCUACAUCCCUUUGAACAGCACAAUUGGCAUGCAACUUCCGGUCAUUGUCAAAACACAUGGAAACGACCCAGUCAAUGUCCUAUGUCAGGCCAUUCCUCUGGGGUCAGCUCUGAACCAGACCUUCACAAACUUGACCAGCAACGAAGUAUUCACUUACAGUCUUGACUUUCCUGACGAAAGUGACGUAACAAGCAUACAGUGCUCUCAGUACCAUAAUCUGGACCUUCAAGCAGAAGAUGCCUUCUGGUUUGACCUUAGCUUCCCCAGUCUUUACAUGCCGCUCAAAAUAGACGACAAUCUAACGGUUUCUGACUUGUGGUGUCACGCUUACAACGCUUCACUCAAACAACCCUGUUACGGCAACGAGGUAUCCAUAAAGAGCUGUGUGGAGGGAAACCCGAUAUCGGGAUGUUCCUGGAAGACAUUCACCAGUGAAUCCCAGAUCCGGAUGUUGAUCCAAGGUGAAAACAACACCAGUUGGGAAGACACGGUGGCAGAAUAUCCGCAGUGUAACAACACUCGAAGGUGUUCGACUUUGACUUUUUACAGUCUGGCAGAGUCGCAGCAGGGUUUCUACUGGUACGAGUGUCAAAGCGGUUUGGAAAACACCGAAAUCAAAUCUAGCCUGAGAACCAAGAGCAAAAUGGUCAAGAUAGUGGCACAGCAAAGCGCUUCUCUUGGUGAAAGUGGAGCAUCAUUUCUUUUCACUCUCGAUUGUCAGUUGAAGCGACUAAGAGGAUUUUUUCGAAGCUAUGGACAGAACAUAACCGCUAUUGUCGAGUGUAAAACAGACACUGGACAAGAGACUGAUCAAUGGGUUCGAGAACAGAUAUUUUACGAAGUUCCAGGACCGGGAGCAAUUGACGUUGUGUUUUACCCGCAUGUUGCAACGCGCGAAACAACCUGUAGGUUUGAAGGAACAAACGACUUCGCGUCUGAGCGACCUUUGAAGUUCGAAACCCCGCUUAAGAGUUUUAGAAAGUAUAACACUCUUGAGGUCCGAAAUGAUGCCGAAAAUGAUCUACGAGUAUGCUGUGAUGCAUGUGCGUUCGGUAUACGAGGCUACAGGGAAUUUGACCUUCAUUGUGAGAACAGCGAUGGAUCUCUUAUUGAAUUCACAAAUGAAACCCUGGGAAGCGAGGCGUACUCGUAUGACCCGGAUUUGUUCACUGCUACCCGUUGCAGAACUAUGCUUAUCAGACCUCGGUCUCUCUACAUAUGCAAGUGCAGUGUAAGGCACCUGCAAGCUGAAAUGACUGUCAAGAUCAAUGGAGAGGUGGAGUUCGCGUCCCCUGAGGUGGGGACUGAGGCGCCAUUUGUAGUCAUGGAGGUGGAGGAGGAGGAGGAACAGCAGCAGCCGAGGGAGACCGAACCCCCACCCACACAUCCACCCUCAACCACAGGACCUCUGAAUGUCAACAUACGGUUUGUGGAAGACGUGCUGCUUGAAGAGGGACUGGAAGAACUGGUGAGAGCAGAAGGAAAAGAUGUUAUCUACACCAAGGCUGAGAGUCUGAUUCGAUCGAACACUUUGCACUUAAGAGAAGAUGCUGGCAUAUCCCAAGCAGACGCCGCCCUGGACACACUCAGAAAAGUGCGAGGUUUCGGAAGAUUGGUGACGAAUGAAACUGAUCCAAGUCGGGCCAAAGUGCAAAUCAUGGCUGAUCGCAUGGUGAGUGUCAUGGUCAAUCUUGUCGCAGAAGUGGCCGACAAAAUCCCCCAGUGGAGUGAAGACGAAAAAGAAAGUGUCCAGGGCCUGGCUGAACUGGAGCAGAGUCUGCUGUAUGUUGGGAAACAUAUGGAACCAGAUAUGGAGACAGAGUAUGAGGCGGAUCACAUCAAGGCAAAAGUGGUGAGACUUCCCGAGGACAGAAGUGAUUUCGAGGCGGCUCUUGGCAAACUGAAACUGCAGAUGCUGGAUUACUCGGGAACUACGAAUCACGCUCUCCAAGGUGUCCAGAUCCCAUUGUCGUCUCUGGAUCUACUCCCAGGUGGGUCUGUGAUCACUCUUCUGAUGAUAGACGAAUACUUGUCCACACCUGCUCAGAGAACCCUCUCAAGUCAAUCAAUCAGCGAAAAGAGCGGGCUGAAAAGUAUGGUUCUGGUGCAGAGCAAGAGAAACUGUGACAUCAUAAUGGCGGGCGGCACCACUGGGGAGGGGGAGUCAGUGUCUGUGCCUGUUAACUACUCCUGCAACUUCGACCAAUCUUACCCCCCAGUCUCCCACGAAGGUCCCUACGAGACAGUGGCGCAGCACAGUUGCAGACGUUUCCAGAACCUCAACAAAGAGUGGGUGAGUGGGCAGAUGUUCAGUGCCUGGGGGGAGGGGGCCAUGAUGCCAUACAGGGCCGCCUGCUACUCCACCCACAACAGUGCAUUCUCAGUGGUGACCACAUUCACCAGCAAGAAAACCGACCACCCCCCUGAGAGGGAGACGCACCAGUGGGCCUGGAUUGUUGGUGGAAUUGUGAGUGCAGUGUGGCUCAGUGUCAUGUUCAUGGGACUCCUUUACAUCCACGACACCCACCCCCAGCCAGACCACAACUUCAGACGCCUAAUCACUAUUUUCUCGUUCAACAUUGUCGUCUGUUCACACCUCGCGGGAAUCGAAAAGAGUGACGAGAAGGGGGCGUGUGCGUUCACUCAGACAGGCAUGCAAUUUGGCAUCUUGUCUACUGUGGGCAGUCUCUUCAAUGAACUCCUAAUCCUGUUCAAGGAACUCACUCCCUCUCUCUGGAGGGCAGAAUUCUUUGUCAUUUUUUACUUCCUGAACUCACUCAUACUACCAGCUGCAUUCUCACUCGGCGCUUUCCUCCUCAGUCUCGACGACCUCGGCACUUUGAACUCGUGUUUCGUGGCACACGACUCCUAUUCGACCUUCUUCCUCUUCUAUAUUCCCCUGGUCUUCUACUUCCUGAUUGGUCAGUUUGUUUUGACGUUCUUCAUAUACAGGAAUGGCACUGCUUUGUCUAAACAGAUGGAAGAGUACGAUAUCCCGGACGAGCUUCGUGACGUCAUAUUCGGAGCACGAGUGCUUCUCCUCCUCUUUGCCCCCCUAUUCAGUCUGUUCCCCCUCAUCCUCUCGAGGAAUUCAGCAUGGGUCCAAGUGGGACUCGGUCUCACCUUUUUCUUCCUCAGUUUCCUCCUCUGUGUCUAUUUAGUCCUGAUGCCAGCUGAAAACAUGGAAGCCUGGAUCGAACUGAGAAAUCCAUUGAAGAGAAUCGUGUCCAAGAAGCCCGUCAAGAAAUCGAAACGCGUGAGUAGGUCUGCUGACAAACAGUACCUGGUUCCGGGCUCCGCAAGAUCAAACAGCCGAUCGACUGCAGGGAUGGACGAGCACCGACGCCCCUCCCAGCUGAGUGAGAUCGGGGGCAAAGCCAAGACCACCCAUUGGCUCGCGUCUUCUACCCAACAGGUGGCAAUAAACGAGGAGCCAUACAAUCUGGUGGACUUCCCCGAGAAGUUUUUGAACUUGCGGGAUGAGUUAGAUUUCACACACGAAGCCUUGCUGGAGGACAAGGAAGUUGAGAGAAGGGUGGAAAUCUACGAUGGUUUAGUCGAAAAGGGUGCAAAUCUGACGCCCAUGGAAUUCAUGAUAUUCAUGGACCGGAGUUACAUCUUCAAGUAUUCGGUCCUGAAUACCGAUGAACUGUUUGAGCUGGGCUCAAUACAAAUUUCAAGAAGAAUUCUUCAAAAAGCCAGUGGCGGAGGCAGAGUUUAG